CUCGCAUGCGCAGUUUUGCUGUCACGACUGUCUGCUCCAACUCCAAUCCAGAGGUAAACAUGGCGUUGAAGGUGCUGAAGGGAAUGGUCAGCGGAGCUGUUAACGAGCUCUCAUCAGCCGUUACCGGCAACAAGACGGCUGCCUCCCGGGAGCAAGUCCUGGCCGUUAAACGCGACUACAUCUCCCAGCCGCGCCUGACCUAUAAGACAGUGUCUGGAGUGAACGGGCCUCUCGUGAUUCUGGACCAGGUGAAGUUCCCCAGGUAUGCAGAGAUCGUCCACCUGACCCUGCCAGAUGGAACCAAGAGGAGUGGCCAGGUGUUGGAGGUUACAGGGUCUAAAGCCGUGGUGCAGGUGUUUGAGGGGACAUCAGGUAUUGAUGCUAAGAAGACCAGCUGUGAGUUUACAGGAGACAUCCUGCGCACCCCUGUCUCUGAAGAUAUGCUGGGUCGCGUGUUUAAUGGAUCAGGCAAGCCCAUUGACAAAGGCCCCACAGUGAUGGCAGAAGACUACCUGGACAUCAUGGGCCAGCCUAUCAACCCUCAGUGUCGUAUCUACCCGGAGGAGAUGAUCCAGACAGGGAUCUCUGCUAUAGACGGCAUGAACAGCAUCGCUAGGGGGCAGAAAAUACCCAUCUUCUCUGCUGCAGGACUGCCACACAAUGAGAUAGCGGCUCAGAUCUGUCGUCAGGCAGGCCUGGUGAGGAAGUCUAAAGAUGUGAUGGACUACAGUGAUGACAACUUCGCUAUCGUCUUCGCCGCAAUGGGGGUCAACAUGGAGACAGCUCGGUUCUUCAAGUCAGACUUUGAGGAGAAUGGUUCCAUGGACAACGUCUGUCUGUUCCUCAACCUGGCCAACGACCCCACUAUAGAGCGUAUCAUCACGCCCCGCCUAGCUCUGACAUCAGCAGAGUAUCUGGCCUACCAGUGUGAGAAGCACGUCCUUGUCAUCCUGACUGACAUGAGCUCCUACGCAGAGGCACUACGAGAGGUCUCAGCGGCCAGAGAGGAGGUCCCAGGUCGUCGUGGUUUCCCAGGCUACAUGUACACUGACCUUGCCACCAUCUACGAGAGAGCUGGUCGGGUGGAGGGACGCAACGGCUCUAUCACCCAGAUCCCUAUACUAACUAUGCCCAACGAUGACAUCACUCACCCCAUCCCUGAUCUGACAGGGUACAUCACUGAGGGACAGAUCUACGUGGACAGACAACUGCACAACAGACAGAUCUAUCCUCCCAUCAAUGUUCUGCCAUCACUGUCUCGUCUGAUGAAGUCAGCCAUCGGAGAGGGGAUGACACGCAAAGACCACUCUGAUGUCUCCAACCAGCUGUAUGCGUGUUAUGCUAUAGGUAAGGACGUGCAGGCGAUGAAGGCUGUGGUAGGAGAGGAGGCUCUGACGCCUGAUGAUCUUCUCUACCUGGAGUUCCUACAGAAGUUUGAGAAGAACUUCAUCGCCCAGGGAGCCUAUGAGAACAGGACUGUGUUUGAGACACUGGAUAUCGGCUGGCAGCUGAUGAGAAUCUUCCCCAAAGAGAUGCUGAAGAGAAUCCCUCAGAGCACACUGGCAGAGUUCUACCCCCGCUUGAAGUAAUGAUGACAAACAUAGGGAUGCAUAGUGACACACACAACUCCAACCCUUCCCUCUUGCUCGGCCUCUUUGUAAAUGGUGUUGCUGUUGUAACAUUGCCAGUAGCUUCUGUACUGUACGCAUUAUCAUAGGCUAGUACUGAUACUGUCACACACAGAGGCAACCCCUUACCCGAACAGAUAGACCCGUAGAAGUAGAAGAUGCAGAUGAUGGAGACAGUGGUUUCCAAGCCAGAGAGGUUCUCUCUGACCAGCAGAGCCAAAUAGCCUGGUAAUAGGGUCUGGGAUUUUCCCUGGUCAGAUCACAUGAUGGCCUUGGCUGUUAGAUGUAUUGGAUGGAUAUAUGGACGGAAAGGGAGCUGGAUGAAUAGUGAAUGGUCUGUUAUAAGUCAGAGGGAUGGUAUAAGGUGUUUUUAACAGGAUGUGUAGGUGUACUUUAGGUGUAGACUAGUGAAUAUGCAGUGAUGAUGCAUGUGUAUGAAAGAUGGGCUCAAGGCUAACAGCCUAUUUCACUCACAUAUGAUUGUUUACGUUUCUAAUGGCCUUUUGUUAUGACCACAUAAGUUGCCUGUGUGGUGCUCCUAGUGUCUUUUGCAUAGAUCAGUGCCGUUUCUGCACCGAGUUGACCCAAAAGCUCCCUUAAUUCAUUGAACUAAAGCCAGAGAUACAACACACAAACUGUUGUUAUUAUUACCUGUUCACUGAGUGCACAAACAUUAGGAACGUCUUCCUAAUAUUGAGUUGCAAACCCCUUUUGCUGUCAGAACAGCCUCAGUUCGUCAGGGCGUGGACGACAAGGUGUCGAAAGCAUUCCACAGGGACGCUGGCCCAUGUUGACUCAUGUUGUCAAGUUGUCCGGAUGUCCUUUGGGUGGUGGACAUUUCUUGAUACACACGAGAAACUGUUGAGCAUGAAAAACCCAGCAGCGUUGCAGUUCUUUAAACACUCAGACCGGUGCUCCUGGCACUUACUACCAUGCCCCGUUCAAAGGCACUUAAAUCUUGUGUCUUGCCCAUUCACCCUCUGGAUGUCAAUUGUCUCAAGACUUAAAAAUCAUCCUUUUUUAACCUGAAUCUUCCCCUAAAUCAACAAUUAUUGAAGUGAAUUUAACAAGUGUCAUCAAUAAGGGAUCAUAGCUUUCACCUGGAUUCACCUGGUCAGUCUGUGUCAUGGAAAGUAGCAGGUGUUCCUAAUGUUUUGUACGCUCAGUGUAUAUGUGUCGUCUAUAUAUUUCUCUCUCUAUUUCUCUAUUGUAGCUGCUCCGUCGACACGCACGCUGUGGUUUAGUGAUGACAAUGUUGUUAUUUACGGUGAAGACUCGAGAGGAGACAGAUGUACUGUACUUAUGUAUGUGUUCCUCCUAUAUCUUUUGGUAAAUGUUCUGUUUCUGGAUUUAUGGUUAGUGUUGUGUUGGUCUAAAUGCAGGCAUGACUGCUCAGCUUUCUGGGGUCUGUGCAAUAAAGGAAUAUACACUGCU